AUGAAUGUCGCAAUGAAAUCUAUCCACUUAUCAACUCCGGCAAAAAGGUUUAUUAAGGACGAACUUCUGUAUUGCUCAAUGGUAACGCCGUAUUUCAACGGCGUAUUUCCUCCACCUGAAGUCGCUUUUCACUUUUUGAACCAGCAGCAGUGCACUUCAGGACAGGGUCAACCUACACCCCUUGAGGUGGCCACCGCUGCUUUUGCUAAGCGAAUGGCUUCUAUUCAACACGCUGCUGAAGAUCGGGAUUCUGGCAAUGAGUCUUUGAGUUAUGCUGGAUCUCCACCGCUCUCUGGCACUUCGUCGAACGAUUCCUCAAGGUCGAAUUCUUUCUCUGUGUCGGCACUACUGAAACCGGAGAUAAUGGCCAAGGCGAAACCCGUUUUGUCUCCAACUCAGGAGGAGUCCCAACCUUUCUCAUCACCAGCAGUUGGUCCGUCAAGGCCUUCGCCUCAGGGUCAAGCCCCACCACCUCAGCUGCAGACACCAACAACGAUCAAAGCAUCGGCUCAUUUCAAUCCUCAAGGAAUGCCGCCACCGAAUUAUCACCAUCCUAUGCAAAUGGGGAACUUCCAGUUUCCACACACAUCAGCACCUGGCCCACUCGGACAACUCACGAACUUUGGUUUCCCGCCAGGAGCUCAAGGGUCUCUGACCCCGCAACGACCGCCACCGCAGUCCGCCAAUUAUCCGGAUCACUUCAGGGGUUUCUUUCGCCGUACUGUACAAAAGAAUAUGGAAUACACUUGCCAUAAGGAGAAGACGUGUCCUGUAGAUCGAGUCAGUCGAAAUCGUUGUCAAGCUUGCCGCUUCCAGAAAUGCCUCGACAAGGGCAUGUCAAAGGUUAUUUUCCAUCGCGAUGACGGGAAAGACAACAAAUUUCAAAAAAUUCAAUUCAAGGAAUCUGUGAGGCAAGACCGUACUCGAAAACGAAAGACCCGCGACGACGAUAAGGAGGUGGAGCUGGACGAGACGAGGGUGAUGAUGAAAGUCGUCGAGGAAGUCACGCAGGCUUACCGCGAAGCAUUCGGCGAGGGGCUUACCGUUCAGAAUCCGGAGGAUAUGCUGCAAAGGAUUGGACAUUUCGUCUCGAAAGUCUCGUUAUUCAAGGAGUAUUCUGAGGAUGUGCUGUCCGCGAAGAUUCGGCAAAGCGCCAAGGGAUGCAUGCUCCUUCGAAGCGCAUUUUCCGGUGAAGACUCUCCGACCACGCCUGGAGCAAGCUCAGCGUUGGUGGAAAGGCUACGUAGCGGUCUUGGUCACAUAGGACUGGAGGAGCUCGCGUUGCUCAGCGCCGUUCAUAUCGCCCAACCUGAUGGAGUCCACGGAAACGACAACGUUUCCCUUAAACUCACUGAAUGUCUCCAAGCUCAAGUUCGUCUGAAUAACCCGGAAAAGGAAAACUCGAGUAAAUUCACCCGAAUGCUUUUCAAGUUACCGCUUCUUGAUGCGUCAUAA